AUGCCAGGUGUGUAAUAUUCUUCCCAUGCCAACUCCAUUAGUUAGAAUGCAGGCGUCAUUGCAAUUUUUAGAAAGCAGAGCUUUUUUAAAAUUUCUCACAUGGUAGGUGCCACAAAAGGCUCUCAAGUGUAUAGAGCUUAGCAACUGCAUUCAGGUCCAGACCACCUGGCAAUAGAGGAGGCUGAUACCUGAGAUCAUAACUAACACACACAGCACAACAACAAGGUUUUAACAAGAACCGUGAAUGGAUGGAGCAUUAUAAGUGACACAAAUGCAAAGUUGAGUGAAAUCGGAAGUGUGUUAACUUGGUCUCAUGCAACUUUUAUACUCCAAAUACUGUUGUGUUGAGCUAACUGAAGAUACUUGUAUAGUCAGAAGAUUUAAUUUCAUGCCACCUGGAAAUACAGGGGGUGAAUAAUUGAUCGUAACAAAAUACUCAAACAUUGUUAGCAGUAAAACAACUUAUUUGAACAAAUGACAUGCCUAUUUCAGCACAAGCAGUGUGGUGUAGGUGAAACGGAGUCUUGAAGAAACAGAACACUUUAUGUUGUAGGACCCCAUAUCACUUCAUAUGACCUUGAGCACCCCAUAGUCUUUCUCCUAGGGAGCCUCAACUUUUGUCUAUGAAAUUCAAAUGGCGCAACAUUGCCUCCUUGUCUCGGCUGUUUCUUUUCCCUCUGGAAUAUGACAGCUCUGAAAAUAAAACUUAUAUCAGAAGAGAAAGAUAAAGGACAACAUGAAAGGGGCAAACAAUCCCUUGAAAGUGCUCUGAUGUUUCAGUAGUCGUUCAAUGAAACCAGGAAGAGAAUGUGCCACCUUAUGAAAGGGUGUCCCUCUUUUCUUGUGGAUAAAUAUACAAGUGAGUUGGAAAGGAAAAAAAUGGUGCUUCUGAUCAUGGCAAAGUUGUACAGGAGUUAUGCUAAUGACAGGCAUAUACCUGUUGGCUAGACACCAAACGGAAGGCUAACAUGCAGCUUAACGCUAUUCUCUGAAGGCACAUUAGUGAGGACUCUAUUAAUUAAAAGGCGUAGUUUAGAUAUCAUGUCAAGGAUUGGAGAUGGAAGUUAAUUUAUGAGUUAUGAAAGACUGAAUCCCUUGAGGAAGCAGCGCUUUUCUGAUAAGGCUGUCAAGAAAAUGGUACAUUGGACCACUCUCCUAAACUGUAUCUACAAACACCAUUUUGUUAUUUUUAUCUUGGCAAUGAACUUGCCAACAUACUUUAUAAUGACCCAGCUCAAUACUCCUCAGUCUCCCUGUGUACUAACAACCAGCAGCCAUGCCAGAAACAUUGUAAUAUGAAAUUAAUUGGGAGAAAUCGUUGACGCCGGUGAUCUGGUGGCCAUGGGAACCGGUGCUGUGCCUCGAGCUUGGUCGCUAUCAUCGUCAGAUGUACUAGUGUGUCCAUCGCCAGGGGCGACAGAGAGGUGUCAUCUGAGCUUUUUGAGGUCAAGAGCCUCUGUCUUAUUAAUACUACAGCUAGGGAGAGAGGUAAAUCAUUGGAUCGUAGUUUUCUGUGUAAUUAUAUAGAGGAAGCUAGUCCGGCGGAGGACCCUGGCGUGAGAGACUGACUCACCUUGGAUGACAAGCUGGAGCGACAACUACAGUGAAACUUGUGUACAGCAGCAGAACAUCUGAUCAUAUGCUUGUUAAGCACAAACUGGUUGCAUGUAUAGAGCUCUUCAACGUCUCUCUUGCUCACCACCUGAGUAGAUGGCACUUUUAGGUUGAAGGCCUCAGAUCCUUCCGAGCAUUGUAAACAGUAGGAAGAGGUUGAAUGUUUAAGGCCACAGCUCUGUUUUAAAGUGGACUAAAUAAACAACAGUCUUUGCCCCAACAUGGUCCUCCAAUCAUCGUCAGACUUCCAUUCAAAGCUAACUCUUCUUGUUUCACCAACCCUUUCACCAUCUUAGGUACUGGCUUGGUAAUUAGAAUUUGAGAACUUUUUCAAUAACGGCCCUCAAUCCCAAAAAUUUGUAUGGUCAAGGGCGUCCAUUUGUUGCUACUGGAUUUGUCCAUAGUGUACCCUUCACUACCUCCAGACCGUAUCGAUUCCUCCCACUCCUCCUUCCGCUCUGCACUCUAGCCCUGAAAGGCCAACGCCGGCACACAAAUGGACUAAUGAGUUCUGCCAAUGAGAAGCUGAAGCCCUAUGUGCUAGGCACUUCAACGUUGCCAUGGCAGAGCGCGUUCUCCAGGCUUUAAUGGAAGUGGGGAAGGGAGGCCAGGGACAAAGUGGCCCCUCCCCUUGUUCUCUUCUCCACUCAGGAUCAGUGUGCCUGGGGUCUCUAUGACCCCCCCCCCCCCCUCCCAAAUCCUUCACUCUCCCCAUCAUCUAGGCUUUUAGGGCAUGACGGGGGAUGUUAGCAACUGAACCUUCAGUAAGGAAAUGCAGGGUUUCUGAAAAAUAUAUAAAUAGAGGUAAUGGAGCUGUGUACAUUAGUGACACUUGAGACUUUGAGAUUUGCCACAGUGCUAUUUGGGCAUACUGCACUUAGUGAGGAGAAUUUCAAUGAGAAUUCUGAUUGUUGGUGGGCCGUACAUUCUACUACACACUCUAUCUCCCUGUUAGUUUUGUACAUCACUCUUAUUUAGUUUUGUACAUCACUCUAAUUUUUUUUAGAAAGAAACAACAAUCGGCAUAUACAGUAACUACUGUAGAGAGAGAUCUAGACUUGCAUCUCAGCUCCAGAAUACCAGUCUGUGUAGAUGAUGAACACCUAGUAGAUGAGCCAGAGCAACGGCCGAGGGCCUUUUGCAGUUAAACAAACACCACGCUCCGCUUUUUGUCCAUUUUUAAAAAAGUGUUGAAAGGCCCUUUAAAUGAGCUGAGAGAGCGCCAGGGUCUUUCAGUGCUUUGUCCACAGAGAGGACCCAUAGAAAUAGAAUGAAUAGAACAGGCUUGGAACCUCUAACCAUGGCAACUUGAAUGGGGAUGCCUUUUCUAUUCAUUCUAUUUCUAUGACUGAGUCGCUAUUCGGCAUGGGUUGCCAGAAUGGGAGAGGUUCUCUUAAUGUCACGUUGUGGUUAUUCAUGAACUGUUGUUCUGACUGAGGCGGACAUCUUCUCUUCCCUUCUAUCUUCCUUUGUCAUGGUCUUGUUAUGACGGAUACAGGCUGUGUUAAAGUAUCAGCAAACCUUGAGUCAGUGUCGCCGUAAUCACAGCAGUGGUAGACCACCAUCAUGAAGGCUUGGAUACAGUAAUUAACGUACAGUAUGUGCUGUGUUCGACGUGUUGAGGUCAUAUUUCCUGUCUCUGAAUCCAACAGCUGGCCAGGUUAUCUUCUACAAACACGUAGCCUGCUGAUUAGGCCAUACGUAAAUCAUUGAAAGCAGCACCUAUUUUACUGUAUCGAACCUCCAACUGUCAAAUGUGUUCAUGACAUGGCCGUUCAGAAACUGUGUGUACUGGAUUACCUCACCUAAUGACCUGCCCUGUCUAAUUCAUAUUUAAGACAUAAAUAACUGUCCGAAUUUAGCGGUUGCAACUCACGCUCAUUUAAUACUCAGUUUGAAUCGGUGGCAUCUUAAAUACACUUGAUUUCUAGUCAAGUUUAUUCAUGUCAUCUAUAGGUAUUAAUGUGUUCAGUAGAGGUUUCACUGACUAACCCCCCCCCCCCCCCCCCCCCAGGCUCGGCCUUCAUGAUGGUCAACACCAGCGGACGUUCCUCGGGCCAGAAGGCCCAGCUGCUCAUGCCCCAGCUCAAAGAGAACGACACCCACUGCCUCAUCUUCCAGUACUAUGUGGCGGGCCAGCGCGAGGGUGCCAACCCGGGCCAGCUCAACAUCUACGUCAAGGAGAACAACAGUCCGCUGGGCAUCCCCGUGUGGAACGCCUCGAGGCCCGCCUACCCCACCUGGCGCCAGGUGGAACUGGCUGUCAGUACCUUCUGGCCUAACUUCUACCAGGUGAGAUGGGAUGGGGGUUAG